UAGGUCUAUUGCAACGACAUCACAAUUAUCUUUAUUAUUAUUAAAUUAUAGUUGUAUACUUUCCCAUGUAAAUUAUCAUGUGUAACUUAGUGUCACUUCUUACUUUACCGAAAAUAUGUAGCUGAGAGCCUGUUGUAUGCCCAAUAGCUUCUUCGCAGGAGUAGCGGUUUUGAAGUGGCUGCAACUCAUCGGCAUGCACAAAAGGUAUUUGGCUGUGGAGUUCACCUUUAAGGAGAACAACUCUUGAUGGAAUAGAAUACAACUUAUUACUGCUGGACACAUAAGGAAUUGAUGCUUAUGAUCAAACGCUUUUUCACAGGGUAUAUAUAGCACACAGAUAUUCUCCCUGCCAGUCCUUCUCUCAAGUAUGUUUGUAUAUAACCAGAUGGGAGGUAUCGAUGAAGUUGCGCUUGACUGCCUCUCUCUUGUCACUGAAAUGACUAGGCAUAUUCGUGUUAAAGCCUCUGGAAGAAAGGCCAGUGCUUCUAAGCUUGGCCAGUUCUCCCCAGUCUUCAUUUGGUUUCCUAGAGAUUUUUAUUUGGAUUGGGUUGAGGACAACCGCAAAAUAACUCCGCAGGACUACCUUCAACUUGCAUUGAAGCCAAUUCAAGGUGGUGACAAAGAUGUUGCUGCUAAAAACGAGGAAUCUGUCUUUUCUCAAAAUCAAUUCCACAUGUUACAUUAUCUGUUUGCCCAUACUCAGAACUUCACACUAUUUACGCCCAACAACGAUGGAGCUUAGUCUUGAAAUAAAUUUCAUUGGCUGCCAAAUCUAUCAAUUUUAAAGAAGACACCUGUACUUUUAUAUAGUAUAACGUGUCUACUUUGUAUUGUAUAUAUUUUUAUAUAUAGAUAAUAUAUAUUAUAUAUAUAUAUAUACACAUUAUUACACAUUAUUCAUCAACAUCAUUACAUUAAAGCACAAACUUGUCAUCCUUUCCUGAAGAAAAAAAUAUUGCUCUCUUUCUAAGAUACUACUGCUUGGUUAAACAUUUCUAACAAACAUGGUACUAACAUUGAACAUCGAUCAAAUAGCAUUAACAACACAAGAUUGGAUUUGCAAAGUUCAAAUUGUGGAAAUCGGACGCCCGAGAGAAAGCCCUGACAAGAAAUGUAGAUUCCAAAAUUUGAUUUUGGAAGAUGAACAAGAAUGCCAAAUAAAGACAGUACUGUAUGCAGAUGAAAUUGAACAGUAUGCAGAAAUGCUUAAACUCAUGAAUACCUAUCUCAUCUCUACCGCAAGAGUCAAAAUCUCCCAAACUUCACACGGCAAGCCGAUACACAAAUUUUACUGGGUUCUUGACAAAGAAACAGUAAUUGAACAUAUCACACCAUCUAAUGGAGUUGAGAAUCCACUUCCACCACCAACAAAGCUGAAUAUCACAAUCUUUGACCGCAUUCCUCACAUGAUGCUUGAUUCUCCUGUUGAAAUCGAUAUACUGGCAAUCGUUCUCCGUUGUAGUCCUCAAAAAUACGCAGGUCGCAGUAAUCAUAAAUGUCGAGAAAUUAUCAUUUGUGACAAUCACAAAAAUCAAUUUCUCCUCACUCUAUGGGAGGAUUUUGGAGAAAUUGAAGGAAAUGAAAUCGAAGCAAAAAUGGAAAAAGAAAUGGAUCUUAUUGUAAUCCUUGGCAGGAAUAUAGGAAUCUCUACUUUUCAAGGGUUGUCACUGCAAAGUAGGUACAAUUCAACAAUACGCAUAGCUCCUAAUUACCCACAGGCAGUAGAACUCACCAAAUGGGCAAAAGAAAACAAAUCAAUGUUGUUAAGUCGUGAGUCGAACAAAACCUCAACAAGCUCAUCUGCCCCUCUCAUGGUAUUGACUCCUGCCGGCCAACAAGUUGUCUCUAUUGAACAAAUUUCAUCACCAACUUCUAUGGGACUAUUCUAUCUUGAAGCAGAAAUGGCCAUAUCAGAUGAAUUGCAAGAGUUUUGUGUACUUGAAUGCUCAGGAUGCAAACAAAAGAAGCGCACAAAAGAUAGAAAGGAUUUUCAUUGUCCAAAAUGUAAUCGGAAAAUAACAUUACUUCCUCGGUGUAUCUUUCAAAUUGAUCUUACUGACGGUACUGCUACAGUCACAACAUCUAUCUCUGGUGAACUGGGAGAAAAACUACUCUCCAUGACAGCGGAAGACAUAUUUGACAUAACUUGUGCUAAGAGGCAAUCAUUGCAUGUUAAUCAUGUCCAUGAGAUGUUGUCCAACAAACUAUUUCAAAUUCAGCUAAGGAAGUCAUCUUGGGGUAGCUCAAACAAUACACAAGCAACUUACUCCAUUAUUUCCUACAUGGAAAAGCAACAUACUUCUCCAACCGCUAUUGAUAGGAAUUCCAAAAAUAUAAGACCUUUGGAGAUAAGUGAGAUGGAGGUGACAGAGACAACUACUGCAGCUGGUUCUUCAAAUGCAACUCCGAAAUUUGAACCACCCACACCAACAAAAAAACUGUAAAAGGUCAGUCUACAUCUGAUUAUCACAUUUAUUAU